CCUCUUCGUCGUCGUCGGGCAUGCGUUCGUCCGUAGGUCUCGAGAGCCUCGGCCGAUGAGCCGGCCGGCCUGUGUGCACUCGAUGCAUCGAGCCCAUUUGCAGGAUGAAUGGUCGCUCAUGCGCUCGGCUGAUGCUGAUGGAUGAGCGACCGGUGACAGAGGAAAGAUCGCGCGGCCAUGCACAUGGGCGCCGAUCGGCGAUUGGCCUCGAGUGAAUGAAUGAACCCUAGCAUGUGCAUCGAUCUCGCAUGCGCGAAGAAAAGCUUGCUCUGCUCGACAAACUAGAUACUUCCGCGCGAGCGAGUGAGUGAGUAGUUCAACGACCACCGCGAGCGCCGUGAGCGAGUCUCGAACGAUGCAAGAAAGAGGCCGAGGCCGAGGCCCCGACGAGGACGAGGACGACGAUGGCCAUGCCAGCCGAUCGACAUCGAGGGCCGGGCACGGCAGAGUGUCCGUCCGGUUGGACCUCCGAGACGAUGGCCGCAUCGGGGUGGCCAUCGACGACCCCAUCGGGCCUCAUCGUCCUGCCACGCCUUUGAAGCGACCGGCCACGAACAUGGUGUCGUCGGGAGUACAGACGAGAGAAGGCGACGCCAUCUUCCCGCAGCUCACAUCGCAAACCGAUGGAUUGUUCGAGGUGCGGAUGAAAAUGGAGGCCAUGCUCGAUUCCAGGGGCCAGCCGCGGCGCGUCAAGUCGCCUGCCAAAGAAGCCAAAGAAGCGCGCACCCCCGAGGGCACGAGGCUCGUGGUCAAGAUCGACCAUGGCGAUGACGAGCCCUCGUCGUGCACCGUCUACGUGGAUUGGAAUCGGGCCAAAGCCCGUCUACCAUGGCGGGGAGGCUACAUUGACAAGCGGAAUGGAACGAGGCUGCACAAUGCUGCCCAACAAACGGACCCAACCAAAGCGCCUAAAAAGCCGGUGCUCAUGAUCUCGAGAGCGUGCAUGAAGGCACGCACGAAAAAAAUCCAAGAGCAAGGAUCCAAGGACUCGUUCACUCAAAUGGACAGGCCCGGCAUCUUUCUGGACAAUUCCGGCGACUACGAGCUCAUCCCCGGCCCCUACUUCAGCGCCGAGGACUGGGUCGAUGUCAAAGUCGACGCUGCCAUUAUCAUCCAAAAGUACACUCGCCGCGACAUCGCCAAGCGCACUGCAGCCAGAAUGCGCGCUUUUGCUGCCGAGCGCAAGGAGUUUUGGAUCGAGCAAGAAAAGAAAAGGAAAGCCGAAGCAGAUGACCAUCUUCGCUUUGAGAUCCAAAGGCGCAUGAAUCCUCGAACUGGCGAGGACUUUGAGAUUCUGUACACGGAGCUUGCAACUUGGUGUGCACAGGAGCUAAAAGCUAUAACAGCCACUGGAGUGACGGGAAUGGAACGGAGAAAGGCCGUGAAGGAAUUACUUUUCAAGGAGAUCAAGCUGCUUCAAACCAUCGACAGACUGAGAUGUAAGGCCGCGAAAGAGAAUCGAAAAGACCGCAUCAGCGGUGCCAUGGAGAAAAUGAGCACUCCCAAGAUGUGGGAGAUGAAGAAUGGUACGAUCGUUCACGUGCGCACUUUGGGUACAGCGCGAGCCUCGGACCUCAUGCACCUGUACCAUGCUUUGGCCAAGCCGGUGGGGACAAACGACGAGCGGGUGGGAGUGCUGGGCUACGUGAAAUGGACAGUGCAAGUGUUCAACUGCCCGUUAACCAGGGAGAUAUUGGAUCUGGUCGAAAGGGAAGCUGAUCUCAUGAACCGCGGCCGGCCUGCCAGAACGCUGUCAGGUCUUCGUCAACGAAUCCUGAAUCUCUUUCUCCAGUUUGUCGAGACGCCGGAUUUCAACCCUGAAGCUGCAGGGUUUCAGUAUGUACCCACGGAUUUUGAUUACGGAGUCAACCAAGCGCCCACGAGAAAACCGGGCACAGACAAAUUCACUUAGAGAGGAAGAUUUCACUCGAUGCCUCGUGGCGCAAGUGGAAGAGCCCCGCACAGCUCUGAUCUGAUCCAUAGG